CAAAAUUACCGAUUUAUACCUCCGAAUCACGCAAAAAUGAACAGCAACAAGUUUUACGAAGAUUACGAAAAAUUGAAAACUGUAGGUCAAGGAGCUUUUGGUACCGCGACAUUAUAUCGCCGAAUAGACGACGGAAAACAGGUCGUAAUGAAAGAAGUUUUUCUCAUGGAUUUGGACAAUUCUGAAAAAAAAUCGGCUUUGAACGAAGUUGAAAUUUUAUCAAACUUGAACCACCCCAACAUUAUCAAGUAUCUUGGAAGUUUCCAAAAGGAAGGCUCUUUGAUAAUUGCCAUGGAAUAUGCAGAUGGGGGCAACUUAGCCCAACUCAUCAACGCAAAGAAAAAUAAAAAUGAGAUUUUCACCGAGAAAAGCAUCUUGAAUAUUGUUUCACAAAUCAGUGCUGCCAUCAGCUACAUGCAUAUGAAUAAAAUCCUACACAGGGAUUUGAAAUCCGCGAAUAUUUUUUUAAACAUGAAUGGGAAUGUCAAAGUUGGUGAUUUUGGGAUUUCUAAAAUGUUGAAUACUAGAUCACAAGCGCAGACUGUAGUUGGUACCCCUUACUAUCUCAGUCCUGAAAUGUGCGAGGGGUCCGAUUAUAACGAAAAAUCUGAUAUUUGGGCCAUCGGGUGUAUUCUCUACGAACUUGCAUGUUUGAGGAAACCGUUCGAAGCCAUGACACUACCAGUCCUUGUGCAAAAAAUCACUGCUUGCGAAUAUUCCGAAAUUCUUGAAAUUUAUUCAGAUGAGCUGUCACAACUCGUGCACUCUAUCCUCCAAAAAGACCCAAGUGCGAGGCCUUCAGCGAAGUAUAUCCACGAUAAUGUUAUACCAAAAACAGUGAAAAAAUUCGACUCCACUACUACGUUCAAAGUAGGCGUUUCACGAGAACGCUCGAUUCUCUACAAAAUCACCAAUUUCGGCGAUGAUCAAGAAAUAAUUCCCGAAGAAUUACCCCACAAAACAAUUAUCGAUUUUUCGAUCGGUUUUGGUCAUUAUAUUGUUGUCACUGUCGACCAUUGUGUGUAUACGUGGGGUGAAAAUGAUUUUGGACAGCUGGGGAUAGACAGUGGGGCCCAAAAACGGGCUUUUGCCACGAUAGUGAAGUCUUUGCAGCAUGAGAAAAUUAUUCGGUUAUGUGCUGCUGGACGCAAUUUUAGUAUUUUUCUUAAUACCGAAGGGUUUUUAUUUAGUUGUGGGGAAGGACAACAAGGUUGUUUGGGGCAUGGGAAUUGGGAUUCGGUGCAAACUCCCACAAUAAUAGAGGCACUAAAGCAAGAAAAAAUUGUAAAAAUGAGCUGCGGUGACGAACAUGUAGUUGCCUUAUCAACAGACGGCAAAGUUUUCACUUGGGGCUCCUCCAAAAAGGGGCAACUUGGCCAAGGUCACAUGCAAUACAGAUGCUCUCCUCUUGCAAUAAAACUCCUCAAUUUGACGAAAAUCAAAGACUUGUUUUGUGGCGAAAACGAAACUGUUUUACUGACAAUCAACGGCCAAAUUCUAGUGAGUGGUUUUAACAACUACCGGAAACUUGGAGUUGCAGACCAAGAAAAAAUAACUCUAUUCACUCCUGUCCCAAUAAGAGAAAAAAUCAAAUUCGUCUCAAUUGGUCCAAACCAUAUAAUGUUGCUCUCGGAAAACGGUGUAGCAAUUGCAUUAGGCCGAAACCCAGAAAGUACCAAACCCCAAACAAUCAAAUUACAAAAUAAAAUCACAAUGAUUGCGUGCGGACUCAACUUUACUGUAGCAGCCGAUAGUCGAAAUGUCCUGUGGUUUUGGGGCUCCUCUUAUAAAACGUACAGAAAUGGGCCCCAAAAAGGCAACUCUGUUCUUCCUCUCACCAAAAAUCAACACGAUCAAACUAUGAUAAUUAAAGAUUUUGGUCAGAGUUUUGAUCAAUAUGUGAAGAUUCCUCGCCCUAUACUGGCGUUUUAUGCGUCUCAAAGUAAUAUUAAAACAGGAAAUGUCAUUUAUAUGGGGGACAUAAAAAUAAAAUGUAAUAAUCUGUAUAUGUUAGCGCACACUACAGCGCCUCCUCCUAUCACACAGUUCACCGAUAAAGAUAUUAAUAAAGACCCAAUGUCACAAGUGGGUGGUACGACUGCAGCUCCAACUACGUCAACAAGUUUGCCAAACAUGGUUUAAUCUCUCA